CCAAAACGCCCGACGCCCGCCACAAAUGGCCUCCCCAUCACCAUCACCAUCACCACCACCACCACCCAAAGAACCGUCCACCACCACCGUCGUGACCAAAACCACCAAUUCGCGGUUAAUAGUCCUUGACAGCUUGAUACGCUUAGACACUAGCCUUUCCAAAUCUCUACACACUCUCUUCCAUCCUUUCCUCCCUGGGCCCAUCCUCCUCCUCCUCGAAUACUCCGCCGACUUCCGAUUGUCCUUCCCCGUUUGCCUCUCCCUUCUCUUCGUUCCAUGGUCAUCGAAUCUGCGAUUCCCCUUUCUCCUCCCCCUCAUCGUUGGUCUCCUCGUUGACCUCUCCCUAAUUGGUCUAAUUAAGUUCGUCUUCCGCCGAUCCCGCCCCCACUACAACCCUAACAUGUCUGCUGUAGUCUCCGUCGACCACUUCUCUUUUCCCAGCGGGCACGCCUCCCGUGUCUUCUACCUUGCCUCCUUCAUUUCUCUAUCUGCCGCGACGAUUCAAGAGGCCCUGACUGAUUUCAGGCCACCUGGUGGGGUCUUUGGGAUGUUGAUUGGGGAGGACGAAGGUAAAUUUGUGGCAAGUGUUGUUUUGGGGGUUUGGGCGUGGGCGGCUGUAACCUCGACGUCUAGGGUUCUGCUUGGGCGGCAUUUUGUGCUGGAUGUUCUCGCUGGUGUCUUUGUUGGCGUGCUUGAAGGUCAUGCAACACUUGAGCAGCUCUGAAAGUGAGUUAUUUUCCUGGAAAACUGGAAAGGAAAGACACAGAGAUCCUUUUAUCUGUAUUGAACAAGUCGUGAUAUGAAGCACUGCCUGGCUUUUGUUAAAACUAAUUAGGAAGGUAGCAGUUGGUUUUGCUGGUCUAUACUUCCGAUUGUUUCAUAGCAUACAGAGGGGCAGCUAUAUGAUUGUUACAAAUUAGAAGUGCAAAUAGGAUGCCAUGCAUCACUGCAGUUUUUGCAAAUUUAUUUAACCUAGAGGUGUAAACUAUCCGACAUAUCCACAUGGUAACGAUUGUCGACUGAUGAUUCUACCAACCUGCAAGGUCAAGGAGUUGUAAAUUAAACUGUAGUUUAUCUCAUUUGCUAGUGCUAAUUGAUGAGAAUAUUAGGGAA